UUCCCGUAAGUAUCCAACCCCUUGGCAAGAACUGGAAUAAUAAUUUAGCAAAGCUUGAACUGCAUAACUGUUUGCCAUGUCAGAGAAUGAUCCGCACUCUCACCAUGAAGACUAGUGUGACAAUAAGGCUAACCUGUCUCUGGCUCUUGUCUCUAUGGGUCACUCCGAGCGAAGCUAAUUGUGUAUCUCUUUCUAUUCCAUGGUUGUUCCAAACUACUCAAUACUGUUUUGGUGUGUCACAUGUUGCUCCGGUGCAUUGUACAUGGGGGUCUUGGGCGGAGUGGUCCGUGUGUGAUGGUUGCUCCAAAUCACAGUCUCGGGUCCGUCCUAUGGGGAUUUAUGCCCAGUUUGGGGGAAACCCAUGUGGUGGAGGGCCCACUGAGACAAGGGAAUGUUCGACAACACAAGGCUGCCCCCUGCAGAGUGGAUGUGGGGACAGGUUUAGAUGUCGUUCAGGGCAGUGUAUUAGUAUGUCUUUAAAGUGUAAUGGAGAUCAGGACUGUGAAGAAGAUAACCAGGAUGAACUGAGUCAAACGUGUCCAAGCCAAGUAAUUAGUGUAUGUGACAUUGAUCAACCUCCACCCAAUAUAGAACACGUAGGACUGGGUUUUGAUAUUGUGACGGGUAAGACUAGAGGCAGUGUGAUAAAUACCAAGAGCUUUGGGGGCCAAUGCAGGACCAUCUUCUCUGGUGACAACAGGAGACGCUAUAGGUUGCCCCAAUGCAUCAUCAAGUACAAUACUGAGGUCACUGUUCGAAAUGACUUCAGUGAUGAGUUAUUUGAAAGCACGUGGUCAUACCUCAAGGAAAUUGAAAAAAGAGAGACAACCACAGGAACCACAACAGGACACUAUAACUAUAACUCCAAACUGGAAGAAAAAAAAUAUGAGAAAAACAUGCUGAUGACAAUCGACAAUGAAAUAGAGAUGGCUCAGUACCAGAGUAAUGCCCCGCGCCAUCUCACUCUCUCAGAGGAGUUCUGGAAAGCUCUGACUCGGCUGCCCAACGUGUAUGACUAUGCCAGCUACAGCAAGGUUCUUGAGAGAUUUGGAACCCAUUACCGAACUAGGGGAACAUUUGGGGGUAAAUUUAGAAUCCUCACCAGCCUCACCGAGAAGACAGUUAAGAAGAUUGAGUCUGUGAAGUGGGACUAUAAUAAGUGUGUCAAGAAAAAACGUUCCUUUCUAUUUAUUAAAUGGACGACUGAAAAAUGCACAACUGACUCCAGCGACAAAGCGCCAUUCAACGAAGAUCUUUCUGAGAAUGACACUGUACAAGAUGUAAUUGUGACUGGAGGAUAUACCGAGCAUGUCGAAGGCCUGAAACACUUAGACCUACGAAACCCAGAAGAGAAUGGGAGAAUCUACAAGAACUGGGCCGACUCACUCAAGAGCUUUCCAGGGGUGUUUAAAGAAAAGCUGGCCCCCAUCUCUGAGUUGGUGAAGGAGGUCCAGUGUGCGGGGCUAAAGAAGAUCUACCUGAGGCGGGCCAUAGAACAGUACCUCGCAGAGAGACACGCCUGCCGCUGUAGACCUUGCCAGAACAAUGGUGUCGCUUUAAGGGAUAAAGACAUCUGUAAAUGCCUCUGUAAGCCUGGCACCAAAGGUGAUGCUUGUGAAACUGGAACAGAUGUGGAGGAACAGGCAGGUGUGAUCCAUGGAAGGUGGUCCUGUUGGUCUGACUGGACUUCCUCUACUGGAGGUGUGAUGAGGAGAACUCGACAGUGCAAUAACCCUGCCCCUCAAAAUGGCGGUCAGCAUUGUAUUGGCGAGACUGCGGAGAGAGAAAUUUGGGAUGAUGACCUGGAGGACAUCAAGAACAUGGAACCUCAGUGCUUUGACUCUUCUCUGCCAGCAAAGGAGGCUUGCACAUAUCCUCCUCCUUUAUACAAUGGCUUUGUCCUGAACCUCAGAGAUGUGCAUUUGAUGGGCACUACAGUUGAGUACACCUGCAUUGAUGGUUACUAUCUGGUUGGUGAAAAGACUGCUGAGUGCAAAAGUGAUAAAACGUGGACGACACCUGAAAGACAUUGCAAGAGAUCAAAGUGUGGCGUUCCUAUACUUUCUGAUCAAGUCACAGCGUCUGUCUGGAACACCUCCUAUGACAUAGGACAGAAGAUCACACUGUCUUGUCCUCAGGGCAGAUUAGUGCUUGGAGAAACAGAGAUCAUAUGUGACUCUAGUCUGAGAUGGUCACCAAAUCCACAAAACAUUGAAUGUAGUGAGGAGGUUGCAGCACCAGACCCCACCCGCACUGCGGAUAUUAAGUGCAAAUCUUGGGAAAAAACAGUGGACCAAGCAUGUGUAUGCAGAACUCCCAAUGAAUGCCCGUCAUCUUUGGAGGUGUGUGCCACCAAUAUUAAGAGAGGGCGGACAGACCUAAUCAGCGUGUGCAAGAUGCAUGCUGUUCAAUGUAUGGGAAUGAGCAUGAAGUUGGCAGAGGACAACAGCUGCGAGUGGCCAAACCAUGAAUCAACACCCUGCAAUAAGUGCCAGUUGUGGCAGACCUGCAAUGACCAGACCAAUGUGUGUCGCUGCAAGGACGAAACAGAAUGUGUUGGGCCAGGAUUGAGUGUGUGUGUGCGCGUUGGCGAUGCCUCUGUCUCCCAGACAAUGACAGAGUGUGAGGCAGGACGGCGAAGGUGCAACGGAGAGAAGAUAAUAGUUGUCAGCAUCCUGCCAUGUAAGGCUUGAGCAUGCCUAAAGAAUAGGAUUUUUUCCUCCAUUCAUCUUACUCUCUCUUGUAUUGCUCAUAUCUAAUACCAUAUCCUUGUUUUGGUGUAUACAAAAAUGUUAUAUUAAAACAACCACUUUGGUUAAUUAACCAUA